AUGACCACGCGAUGGGAUUUACUUCCAGAUCUCAUACUUUCCCAAAUUUUUAAUUAUUUAAACCGUCACGAUAGAAUUUCAGCAGGAAGGGUUUGUACAUCAUGGAAUCGAGCAUUGAAUUGUCCUAGCAUAUGGCAUAAUGUGAACGUUAAUUUAGAAAAAGACAUUGCACUACAUAAUACAUCAUUAGCUAAAGAAACCACAAUCAAAUAUGGCCAUCACAUGAAAAGGUUAAUACUCACGUGGUCGCAAAGAGAUCCAUUAACAAGACAAACUGGUUUGAAAUGUCACAUAGAAGCCGGUACAGAAUUUUUAACACUUUUACUAUCACUUAACAUACAAAUAAAAGAAUUAUGUUUGGUUGAUUGGUUUAGAAGUUAUAAAUAUAAAGGGAAUAGAAUAAGAUUAAUACUUGCUUUAACUGAUUUUAUAAGGUCACAAAACAAACUACAAAGGUUGAGUUUACAAAAAGCAUCAUUUAGAGUAAAUGAAGUUGUUAGAAUAUUAUGCGCCGUUGCUCAUUCAAAAAGUAAUCAAUUACAAAAACUUAAUUUGAGAUCAAGUUUUAACGAAUGCGAAGCCAUAUUGAUAACACCAAGAUAUUUGGAAGCACUAUCACGUUUAUCUAAUUUAACAGAACUGCAAUUAGAUUAUCCGGCACUUUCCGACGGUGUACUUUUCAUACUUGCGGAAAAUGCAAAAGGAAAAUUAGAAAAUUUAACGGUCGAAGCAAGUGGUAGCGAUUUUACACUUCCACCCCUAUCCGAUAACGCAUGGAAAAAAUUAUCAAAAGAUUGUCCUAAGAUAAAAGUUUCAUUUAUAAUAAUGUACAUAGCACAUUACGAAGAUGCAUGCGUUUUUCUAUUACCCAGUAUUCCCUUAUAUAGUUUUACAUUUGCCACCGGAUGUACUUGGGAUCAAAGCAGGAGUAGAGAUUUUCAAAAAAUUCAUUUGAAUAUAAAAAACAAUCGUGAAUUAUUAGAUGAUUUACUUAUCGAAUUAAUAGAAAAAUGUCAAAAUUUAUCAUUUAUACAAUUUAAUGGAGUUAUUAGAAAUAUAAAUACGAUAAAAAAAAUAUGCGAAAUUCAAAACAAUACACAAAAUCGUAAGUUAAUAGCUUCAUCUCUUUCUACCUCUUAA